GCCUGGGAAGCUGUCUGCGGGCACCGCUGCGUCCCGGCAGCCUGGAGCCGCCGCUGGCUCCCUGGGAGGCUCCGGGUUCCUUUCCUCGCUUCCUCUCUCCCUGAUGCCUGUGGCACCUUUCUUUCGGUCCUUCAGGAGGAGAUGCCUGUCUACACUUACCCUUCCCCAAAUCCUGUGAGCUUGGCCUUGGCGGUUUCCUUUCGCUUAGUAGGGAAAGCUGAGAGCUUAGCUGUGCUGUUCUGCUGUUGAAACAGCGUGACUAAACUAACCAUCUGUGACACAGUUAAACUAUUCGUUUCGUUGUGUUUUGGAUUGUUAACUGAAGUAAACUCACUCGGCUUGUGCCUAAAGUGAGUCUGAUAUUAGCAUAAAUACAUCCGCAAACCCCACAAAUUCUUAAGCUGUUUUUUUUACACUAUCUAAAAGAGAAUCUUAGAUGCACGGAUUUUUUUUCCUUAGAUUCUGACAGGGUUCCAUAUUGAACAAAUCCUGUAACUUUGUUAAGUCUUUAGUGAGGUCUCGCUAGCCCAAGUAAUUUUCUGCAGGAUUAGGGUCUUGCUUUAGUCCUUACAUUCGAUUGUUUUGUGGUUUGUUUUUUUUAAAACAACCUAAACAGCAUGUACAUGUACGCAAUUUCUUCUUCAGUCCUCAGACAGAAAUAACAAGUUCCUCUUGUAGGGCUGUGGGUGUAAAAUGCAAGUAUUUGUGCUUGUCGUGCAAAGUGUUCUCAUUUUAGCGAGUCUUGUUGCUAAUCGUCCUCUUGUUACGACUCAAAACUGUGGUUUGAACAAGUUUUUAGCUGAGCCUCUUGAGUGCUUCUGCAUACAAAAAACUGCAGUGUCAGACUUGAAAUUGUACAGUCAUGCUUAGCUUAUUUUAAAUAUCAUACUAUACUGAUUUGUAUCAGUUAGUAACGCUGCAUUUUUAAUACUAAUGAAGAUUGUAACUAAGUUUCCUUCUGGGAGUGAAUUUAAAAGCCAAAUAUCUGCAAGCAAAGCUGAGGUCUUGCUUUCUGUGAAAUGGGAGAAGCUUGUUAAGUAGAAGGGAGCUUGUUUUUCAGUCAGAUUAUUCCAGUGUCUUAAGAUGCUUUACCCUAGUCACUCUAACCUUUUGCUCACCUGGAUGUUGUGCAGACUUAUUAACACUAUUUAAGAUUAUUUAAGAUUUAAAUGCACACAAAACCUGAUGUGGACGUGCAUAAGCUGGCUGUGUUCAUUAUCUGUAUUUUGGAUGGGAUUUUCUUUUUCUUCAUUGUCGUCUAUAGAAAUUGAUUGAUUUUUUUAGCGAUAAGGCUCCAUCUGCCACCAGAUGUCUUUUUGCCUGACUGAGAUGUUUCUGUGGUCUUUGAAGACUAACUUACAUAUUAGAGAUGAAGAUAUUGGGAUCCACCAGUACUAUAACAAGAAAGAGCCAGCAUCACAGAUGAAGCAUGGUUACUUAGAACAGAAGCAAAAGCUAGCAGAACCUCGAGAUUACCCUUGGAUACUGAAAAACAAGCGACCAGACAAACUGCGAGAUACACUCAAGGAGGUGGAGGACUUAAUGCAAAACAGUCAAUGUAUGCUGAGCAAGUGGAAGAACAAACAUAUCUGUCAGCUUCUCUUUCACUCAGGUAUAUUGGUGUCCCUAAGCCUUUCUGGGCCACAGCUGGAGAAAGUGGUGAUUGACAGGACCCUGGUGGGGAAGCUCAUCUCCGACACCAUCAGUGAUGCUGUUCUUACAGACAAUUUCAUCAUCUUGUCAUUUGAGGACCAUAACCAGCUCUGCUUUAUUCAGUUUACAAAGAAGAUGGAUUCUUCUGAUGUAAACAAAAGACUGGAAAAACUCUCUUGUUCGGACUUUAAGAUUUCUCAUAUAGAUAUACUUGGACCAGAAGGUAGAAGGAUGAAACGUCACCUGGCAAUAAACUGUGUGCAAGAUAUGGUCAUUUGCUGGUGGUCAGCAACUAGUGAUGGAGCAUGGCCUUGGUCUCCUAUUUCCUGUGAAAGGGACAGAGCCAACCUAUUGCUGUUAGGCUGUGCACAUGGCAAAUUGGAGGUUCUGAGUUAUGUCCGUACAGAAUGGGAUCCGCUCGAUGCUAGCUUCAGCACUAAUCAGCCUUAUCAGGUUCACACAGUAGAGCACUCCAUCUCAGCAGACAAAGAGCCCAUGGCUGACAGCUGCAUCUACAAGUAUGUUAAGAACAAAAUUCAGUGUGUGGCAGUCACCAGAAUACCACUACGAUCCAAGGCCAUCAGCUGUUGCAGGGACACUACAGAAGACAAACUAGUCUUGGGUUGUGAAGACUCAUCAGUAAUUCUGUAUGAAGCCUACAACCAAGUGACUCUGUUAGCCCAAGCAGAACUGUUGCCUGCUCUAAUAACUUACCACCCAUCUGGAGCCAUGUUCAUAGUUGGAAGCUCUCAAGGGGAGCUGCAACUUUUUGACACGGCACUGUCCCCAAUUAAAAUUCAGCUCUUAGCAGAAGACUAUUCACCUGAGGCAACUCUGCAAUUCAGUAAACACUUUGAUGUGUCUAGCAGCCUCAUCGAGAUCCAGUGGGCUGCUCCUCAGGUUGCAUCUGCCAGCACUGAUGGCACAGACAUUUGUGAUCGUUUGUUGGUUAGAUUCGACAGAGGACCCUUAGGAGUUCUUAACUUCAAACUUGGUGUGAACACAAGAGGACAGCUGGGCCUUGUGGAAAUCAUCCACCAGUACAUUCGUUACGAUGAGAUACAUGAGGCAAUUAAUAUCCUGAACACCAUGAACUGGAACACAAUGGGUCAUCAGUGUUACAUAUGCUUGAGUGCCAUCGUCAAUCACCUUCUUAAACAAAAACUUACACCAGACAGAGAAGCACAGCUUGAGGCAAGCCUUGGAACCUUUUAUGCUCCAACAAGACCCCUCUUGGAUACCACUGUGCUGGAGUACAGGGACCCAAUCAGCAGAUACGCAAGAAGGUUUUUUCACCACCUGCUCAGGUAUCAGAGAUUUGAAAAAGCUUUUCUGCUAGCUGUUGACAUAGGUGCUCGGGACUUGUUUAUGGACAUCCACUACCUUGCACUAGAUAAGGGUGAAUUGACACUAGCUGAAGUGGCAAAGAAAAAGGCUAAUGACAUUGAUGCAGAAUCAAUAACUACUGGAAUUGAACUUCUGGGGCACUCAGAAGAAGAAGACCCAUCUAGCAAAGCUUUCAUUGACCGAUCUUCAGAGCAUGGAGGAAACCAUGACCCACCUGUUCCUGGUCCAGCCAUCAGGCCACCAGUGCAGAGCUGCUCCCGCAGGCUCCCUGGUUUGACCAUGCUCUCCUGCGCCUGCCAAGGUGGGACACCAGAAGUUGCUGGACCUCAUGAACUCCCCAGCCGCAGACAGUCAGAGGACACGGAGCGUAAGCCUGGAGCCGGUGGCUGUGCCACCUCCCCAACAGGGAAACCCUUUUCCAGCAACCAGGAAGGAAAUUUGAGAGCAGUUCCUUCAGAGCAGGUGCAUCAUCUCACUCGUCUUCCUCGCUUGCUGCCACUCUCAGCUAUGAGGAAGCUUCUCCUCCCUGAAACUGUAAAGAUCAUGCAACAAAGCAUUCCCAGUCACCUGCCCGAGCAGCUGGCUGUCACACAGCCAAACAACACUCAAGCGGUUGAACAAGGAGGCCGGAAACAGCGGGUCUCUCAAAGUCGUGCACUUUGGGCUGGUGUGACCACGUGCAGAAUCCCCUUCGCUGCCAAAGCGAAGAACGAGAAACCUCAUUGAGGUGGCAAAGUUCACAGAAAGUCCUUCAGCUAAAUUCCAGCCAUCCCUGGAUCUGGCCACCAGCAGAAGAUGAGGCACUAGGCUUAUAAAAAGU